AUGACUCUCGCAAAGCUUCCCUUGAUUGUUCUUGUUCAUGGAGCGUGGCAUCGACCGAAUAGCUUCAAGAAGCUCCAGGUUGAGCUCGAAAGGCAGGGCUAUGAGGUCCUCUGUCCAGCGCUGGUCACAAUGAGCAAGACGAAAGAGAAUGCAGGUGCGACACAUCUGGAUGACGUUGCUCUAAUCCACGAGUUGCUCAGGCCCCACCUCGAUCAAGGCAGAGAAGUGGUAAUUGUCGGACACAGCUAUGGAGGCGUACCAUCUGUGGUGAGCUGUGAAGGCAACACUGUCGACGAGAGAGCAGCUCAGGGCAAGAAGGGAGGAAUUCGCGCUAUCGUCUUCAUUGCGGCCAUUGUCCUUCCUGCUCGAGGAUUAAAAAUCCUUACAGCCGAAGGGGCAGAUUGGGGUGAUUGGCUUGUCUUGAAUGAUGGGGCUCGAGAAGCAUUGUAUAAUGGCGUGCCCGAAGCCGAAGUUGAUGAGAUUAUGUCGACACUCGUACCAAUUUCUUCUGCGACUACCGGAGUCACGGUAGACUUCUGUGCCAAUGAUUUGAAGAUCCCAAAGACAUACAUUUUCUGUGAGCUUGAUCAAGCUCUUCCUCCCGCUGCACAAGAAACACUCAUUGCUGGGACUCCGAACAUGACCGUGGUCAGGGUCCAGACGUGUCAUUUUCCAUGGCUCAUAGUACCAGACGAGAUAGCUGAGGUCAUAGUUCGUGCUUCGAAGGAGAGCGUGACAUAUGAGAUGGCAUGAGACGAGUCGAGGUUUUGGAGAUGAUGCAUUGGAUAGAGAGCCAGGGACAAUUGGGCUUGACCAGUCUACUGAACAAUCAAGAAGAUACAAGACAGAGCGAUGUCAAUCCUCCAAAGACUUCUUUGAGUAGUAAAGUAAUAGAAAU